AUGGUUUCUACAGAGGCUAAGAAGACCCAGGCUGGUAAAGCUUCCAGGCCUAGACCUAAUCAAGGCAAAUAUGAGAGAAAUUUUAACAAAAAUGCUUCAAAAAAAUAUCGUAAGGCAAAGGAUAAAAGGUUACGUGCUAACAUGAAGAAGAUGGAUGAACAAUAUAUUGAUUCAGUCACUUCUGCAGCUUCAACAGAAUAUCUGUUGCCUGAAUCAGCAGGUUAUUUAGAAGCGGAAGGCGAAAUGGAAAAGACUUUUAAAGUUAAACAAUCUGAAAUUAAAGAUAGCGUUGAUGAAUCCACAGUAAAUAAAGCUUUAGAUUUAUCGUUGAAAGAAUUUGGUCCCUAUUAUAUAAAUUAUUCUAAAAAUGGUACUCAUUUAUUAAUAUCAGGACAUAAAGGUCAUGUUGCUUCUAUGGAUUGGAGAAAAGGUGCAUUACGUGCCGAAUUAAAUUUAAAUGAAUCAUGCUUUGCAGCCACCUAUUUACAGAAUGAACAAUACUUUGCACUGGCACAAAAAAAAUAUGUUUUUAUAUACGAUCAUGAAGGUAUUGAAUUACAUCGUUUGAAGCAUCAUAUCGAAGCUAGGCAUUUACAAUUUUUGCCAUAUCAUUACUUAAUGGCCAGCGCUGGUGAAACUGGUUGGUUAAAGUAUCAAGAUGUGUCAACUGGUGAAUUGGUAUCAGAACUGAGAACUAAAUUAGGACCAACUACGGCAAUGACUCAGAAUCCAUGGAAUGCUGUUAUGCAUCUAGGCCAUAGUAACGGUACAGUUACUUUAUGGUCACCUACAAUGUCUGAGCCAUUAGUAAAAUUACUCUCUGCCAGAGGUCCAAUUACAAGUAUUGCAGUUGAUAGAAGCGGUUAUUAUAUGGCAACUACUGGUUCUGACAAAUCAUUAAAGAUUUGGGAUAUCAGAAACUUUAAAGAGUUGCACACAACUAGGGCUUUACCUACUCCUGCUUCUAAUGUAACUAUUUCUGAUACUGGUUUGUUGGCAGUUUCUAGAGGUCCUCACUUGACAAUUUGGAAAGACUGUUUGAAAUCUGAUGAAAAUGCUAAGCCUUGUUUUGGUUCUAUGGGUGGUGAUAAAACUAGAAAUACACCAUAUAUGUCUAAUUUGUUAGCUGGUAACAAAAUAGAAAAUAUGCAAUUUGUGCCAUUUGAAGAUUUGUUAGGUAUUGGUCAUCAGGAUGGGGUUACAAACUUGAUUAUUCCUGGUUCUGGUGAGGCUAAUUUCGAUGCUUUAGAAAUUAAUCCUUAUGAAUCUAGUAAACAAAGACAAGAUCAAGAAGUUAGAACUUUACUAAACAAAUUGCCUGCAGAUUCUAUUAUGCUGGAUCCAAACCAAUUGGGUGUUGUAGAUAAGCGUUCUUCUAGUGUCAGACUAACCGCAAAGGAUUUGGCUCAAAUAACGACAGAUUCUUCAAAUCAAUCGAAAAAUGAAAAAGAUAGUCUAAAUAGCAAUGCAAGCAGUAAAGGUAAAACUGGUCUCCAGAAUUUCUUACGUAAGAAGAAUCAAAAUGUUAUUGAUGAGAGAAAGCUCAGAAUUCAAAAGCAACUUGAAAAAGAAAAUGAGGAUCUUAAGAGAAAGCAGCAACUCGAGCGUGGUGAGAUCGUAGAAGAACCUAAAGAUUUAAUGGACGAAGCAUUGAGUAGAUUUAGCUGA